AUUAAAACGUGUUAACAUGCCUUCCCAACCCAGUUGGCUAUUCGGCAACUUCCAGUUCGACGAAGCUGUACUCCGAAAAAUCUAUAUUUUCCAUUUCGAGCAACUGCAUCCGAAGAAAAUGAGUCUGGACUACAAGAGCUUGGUGAUGAACUGCCUGGUGAACUUAUACCACUCGAUCUGCUUCUAUGCACUGUGGCAGGAGCGGGACAAGAUCUACCAGAUGGAGUGGUCCUGCGAGAAGAUCUUAUUGGUGGGUAGCUUCGCGGCGGCACUGACUCUGAUACUGGCCCUGGUAAUCUACGACUUCUGGAUGGCCAUGGUUAUGAUUUGGCGGCAGUAUUGCGUAUAUCUUUGCCGCUCGAAACGCAUGAGAUUCCUGUUUAAAAAGUACAGAGGUCAGCAGGUGGAGGAGUUGAAGUAGUCACCUGAUCAAUCCUCGAAUUCCUUGCUAUAAAUAUAUCAGUAUGGCACAAAACGGGCGAUGGUGGAGCGGCGACAUGCAUUGCGGAUCGAGCAGAUUGAUCAGUCAUUGAAAAAUGGCAAGCUUAAACAACAAUUCCAAUAGUGAAGAACGACAUGAAGGAUUCGAGUGCACACAAUGACGAGCAUAUACCCUACAUUUUACAACAAAUCCGUAAAUAGUUAUACUCUCAAAUUGCGUA